AUGCCCGAAGAGGAAGACGACGACGACAAGAAAGGAAAGGGCAAGAAAGACAAGAAGGACAAGAAAGAAGGCAAGGACGACAAAAAGGACAAGGGAGGAAAGGACAAGGUCAAGAGUCCUGGUAAGGAUUCCAAAAAAGGUUCGCACAAAGGUUCGGCCAAAGGUUCGGGCAAAGGUUCGCACAAGGGAUCCGCGAAAGGAUCCGCAAAAGGCUCGCCCAAGGCCGAGAAAGCGGUCGAAGAAUCUUCGGACAAAAAGGCCGAGAAGUCCGACAAGUCCGAGAAGUCCGAGAAGUCUGAUAAGUCUGAGAAAUCCGAGAAGAACGAGAGGGACAGGGAGAGAGAGAGGGACAGGAUCUAUAACGACGAGUACGAGGACGAAGAGGAAGGCCGUAACUACGUCGAGGUGCAGAUGUACCAGAGACGGUCCGGUACCAACAUCAGCGAGGGCGGAGGGGUAGUGGGCGGAGGCGGACGCGGCCAGACCUUCUACGUGGACGUGCCGCCCCCGCGGCCGCCGAGGCCUCCUGCGUACGACAACUACUACCCGCAGGAGCGGCCGCCACCCAGACGCGAGCUGUCCGAGCGGUUGGAGCAGCAAAGCACGACUCAGCAGUGCGUCUACUACGAUGACGGCAGCAUGCAACAGCGCCAGCAAACAUCCUUCUUCGAAGACUAUGAGCCGGUUGGUCCCGCGGGACCCCCUCCGCGCCAAGAGCCCCGGCGCCCCAUCAUGCUCCCGCCGACGACCGUUGUCGUCAACCUUAGCGAGUCUGGUGCACCUCCGCCUCCGGGAGGCGGGGGCGCAGUCGGUCCCCCGGCGCGAGUCAGCGGUUACGACCUUCGGCAGCCGCUAGGCACGAGGGCCUCCAUGAGGUCCCGCGAGGAGUUCCGGGCGCCGCAGCGAGUCCAGCAGUCCGACCUGCAAGUACGCAGCGGGCCACCCAUGUCGACGCUCCUGACGCAGCAGCUGCGCGAGAUCGCCCUGCAGAAUCAGAUGCCCAUGGACGAGAACGUGGUCUCUUCCACCGAGCGCGUCAUAUACGAAUGCAUCCGCAAGAUGGAGUCUUCGACAUCGGACAGCAGCGAAGAUCGUCCGCCGGACACGAUAGUGAAGGUGAGCAGGGCGGUGCCUCAAGACAUAGCUUACAGUGAGAAGAUGGCCACCAUGACUAUUACUGACGACGUGAGCCACGGACUAAUCAUAAGUUAA